AGUGAUGUUUUUAGAGAUUGAUCGUGACCCCUGACCGGAAGAGCAAAGCCCAGGUUUUCGCUUUGUGUUUUUGCAUUAUUUUCAUUGCACACUCUUUUAUAGUCUCAUUAGCUUGGAGUUGGAUUGAAAAUUUCUAAUUCACUUUUUUCCAUUCCUGUGUUGAGUACUCACUUAGAAAAUGCCUCCACCGCGUGUACCCCCACGCAUUGACGCUCAUACGGAGCGAAAAGAAAAGGCUUCCGCACGACCCACCUGGAAUGCGGAGAGGCUGCAGACUCACGGGCCCAAUAGCGUGCGGAAACUCCCGGAGCGAGCGUACAUAGAGGGAGCUGUGACCGAGCCGCAUAAGCAAGUGGGCUUGAAGCGCUUCGAUGACCAACGUCCGAAUUCCUACGUUUCCGAGCACAAAUUCAUGAACGAUCAGCUCGCAGUGCAAAGCACCCUGCUGGUAGAACCCCACACCUCCUGGGAGCAGCGGGCUGAGCGUAUACUUGCUUUUCACGAAUUGUAAGAAGUUUGUCUACCAACUAAAGAUCAUAGGGUUGAGUUUUGCUGCUCUGUCUUGACUGACACAGAUGGUCUUUGGUCCGUCGUUUGCAUGGACAGGCGCAUCUUUUCUGGUCCGGCUAACUCAAGCGCCGGACUGCAAUGAUUGAAUUCUGAAUGCCAAAAUUUGAAAAAUAUCAGGUCACCGCUCAACAUCCCCUUCGAGUGUUUCGCAGCCGCCGGUAGACCCCGAAAUGCUGCGACCGACAUUGUUGAAAGACACGAUCGCACCGCAAUUUGAAUACGGAAACGCUGGAAUUACCCCUCUCAAGUUGCACACGGUACAACCGAAUUCGGAAGUUUUUCUGCUUGUUCAUGUCGAUAUCAUAAACAUAGUACAAGAUGAAAAUAAAUGCGCACUGGUAGUACCUUUGUGAAAAGGCGGCAGCAGUUGUAACUGCAGUCAUUUUGAGUCCGCGAGGUUAAGUAGUUUUUUCAGUUCGUUGUUGCAUGAGCAAGUUUCUCUUGUUUAAUUGAGGUUGCAAUCCUAAUCUGAUGAUAAUCCUCUUGCCUGACAGGUGAAGCGCAGCACGCACGAGUCUUUGGCGGGGUUGCGGGACGCUCCUACCGUGAAGGAGUUGGCCCGCGUGGAUGUGUACCAGCCCACGAUGCAUCCCCACGACAUGCCGCCGAGCCCGGGGCAGCAGUUGCACUUGCAGAUGCGGGGCGAAUUCUGGUGGAAGGACGCCGCGGGAGCGAAGAACCAGCACAUGAAGCGCGUGGAGUGGUUUCGGGGCGAACGGCGCAAGGAGUGCCUCUGGCCUGACGGCCGGUCGGUCUUUCGCGAGAAGGGGUUGUUUGGCGACGAGGAGGUGCGGUACUACCCCGUGCCGAACCCCCGCAUCCACCAGUCCGAAUGGAAGCACCGAGUGCCCUUUCUGGAGGUGAAACCGCCGCGCAAAAACAACCCUGCGCAGCCGCAGUUCGACCAGCACGCGUACCGGCUCAUUUCCGACAAGCGGGGCUACAACCGCGCGAAGCCCAUUCGGGAGCGAAGCUGCCCGGUCUAGAACAAGUCGGGGAAAACAUAGCAGUUCGCGUUUUCUGUCACCGAGAAUAGCGCGGAGAACUGUUGCUAUACUGAGUUCCGUACCGAUUUGACAUUCGCUUCCUUUUGUCUUAUUUAUGAUAUGGUACCCCCUUUUUGUUUUCCUUCUGAUGCCCCCACCUAAACGCAAAUCGAAACCCUUGCUCUUGCGCUGAUGUAGAAUCUCUUCAACCCAGUUUUCAUCUAGAAAUUUACUGUCAUGGGUACUGAAAACCCACAUAUGCGUUCUAUUCUACUUUUUUUGCGAGAUCAUUAAUCUCCGAUUGUUAAUUGUCAUGCAGUUUCAGCCAAGCCUGGCAUAACUUUUGAGUAACAGCGUGUACAUUAUUUUUGGUCCUCAAGAACACUACCGGGAAAACGUUUCAUCGGCAGGAUACACGAACAAAGAGAAGAGUUUCAAAACCGGCACGCAAUCCAGUUUCUCGAU